GCGGGGCGGGGCGCAAAGGACAGGGGGAGCCGCGCCGCGCACCCAGCGCCGUGAUGGGGCUGGAGACCGAGAAGGCGGACGUCCAGCUCUUCGUGGACGACGACGUGUACAGCCGCCAUAGCGGCAUCGACUACGGCGACCCCGAGAAGGUCGCCGACUUGGGUAUGGACCGGGAUCCUCACCGGCUCAACUCGCAUCUCCAGCUAGGUUUCGAGGAUGUGAUCGCGGAGCCGGUCUCUACGCACUCCUUAGACAAGGUGUGGAUCUGCAGCCAUGCGCUGUUUGAAAUCAGCAGAUACCUGAUGUACAAGUUCCUGACGGUGUUCCUGGCGAUUCCCCUGGCCUUCGCUGCGGGAAUCCUGUUUGCCACCCUCAGCUGUCUGCACAUCUGGAUUCUAAUGCCUUUUGUAAAGACCUGCCUAAUGGUCCUGCCUUCAGUGCAGACAAUAUGGAAGAGUAUGACAGAUGUUGCCAUUGGCCCAUUGUGUACAAGCGCAGGACGCAUCUUCUCUUCCCUCAGCCUGCAGCUGAGCCACGACUGAACACUUCCACACCAGGUCUGGAGAUUUGGAAACUGUAAUACUUCUUUGUUAUUGUAACAUAGAAGCACUACUGUUCCGUUCAUUUCCCAAUUGUUCUAAUUAAGAAAACUAUUCAGAUGGGCAACCAUGUUUAGACAUUUUUAUUGGCAGAUCUUUUCAAAUAAUCUUUUAUAAUUAAUAGCCAAGGGUUUCAUAUCUAACUUUAUAACAAGUAGGUUGGCAACACUUAAUUUUAAAGGCAAUUUUUGCUUUAGUACAGAAGUAUAAAUUUUAUAAUGAUGAAUUUAUGAUCAAUGAACAUUUCUUUCAAAACCCUACAAUAGUUUUGUGUACAACUGUUAAAACAUGAUAUUUCUUAUUUUUUUACUUGGAGAGUAGUAUUUUUAAAUUAACUUUACAGAUAAAUUUUGAUGGAUAUUUAGAGAUAGAAUAUAUAAAUAUCCUGGAAAAAGCAGUAAUAGAAGCACACAGUGGGGAGAGUAGCUAUUGAAUAUAAUAAAACAAUAAAUGAAAAUAGAUUCAUGAAAACAUGUUCCUUUAAAUAAGAUAUUGUUAACCUACAGGCCUAUUUAACAAAAUGUUCAUUUUGCUGUAUAUUUUGUACUUAAUGUAAAUGUUGCUCUAAUCAGAUUGCUUUAAAGCACUUGUAAUUAUAUGUUUUCUUGUUGAACUAAUAUAUAGAAUGAGUAAAUGUAUCUCCCAUAAGAAAUGUCAUUGGUGAGAUUGCACUGUCUUGAUUAUGUAAACAUAUAUAUCUUAUUUUGAAAUAGAAUGUAAAAGACUGAUAUACAAUCCUUUCCUUUCUAACUUUUCCAAGCAAAAUCCCAAAAUGUUUUAUGACAGAUUUGUAUCUCGCCGUAAUCUUAAAAUAAUCCGUAUCUAAUUAAUACUUUGUCAAGGAGAUGCUUUCUCUCUUUUAGUUAAAAAUUAAACCUGUAUUCUGGUAUUCCUAUUAAUGUUUCACUUUAUUUUCAAGUAAUGUUGGUGCUAUUUAAUAAUAUUUUAUAAGAAAAACUACUUCUGGCACUUAAAGUACAAUUUACACUACCAUGAUUCAUGUAGAAAGGCUUAUAGGAGAGUUUGUUUCUUUUUGGAUGCAUGCUACUGAACUAUAUGUAUAAAUUAAAAACUAACAGCUAUAAAGUUUGAA